AUCCGUCACGUUGUUAAGUCCCAGGGCUUCUACUGGACCGUGCUGUGUUUGGUGGGCCUCAACACGCUGUGUGUGGCUGUUGUGCACUACGACCAGCCUGAACCACUUUCAGAUUUUCUAUAUUUUGCCGAAUUCAUCUUCCUGGGAAUAUUCUUGACAGAGAUGUUUGUAAAACUGUACGGCCUGGGCAGACAGGCCUACCUCAACUCCUCCUUCAACUGCUUCGACUGCAUUGUGAUAUGUGGUAGCAUAUUUGAAGUCCUUUGGUCCAUCAUCCAACCGGGCACAUCGUUUGGCAUCAGUGUGCUACGAGCUCUCAGGUUAUUGAGGAUCUUCAAAGUCACCAAGUACUGGGCGUCUUUGCGUAACCUCGUCGUGUCUCUGCUCAAUUCCAUGAAGUCCAUCAUCAGCUUGCUCUUCCUGCUCUUCCUCUUCAUAGUCGUCUUUGCGCUGCUGGGCAUGCAGCUCUUCGGAGGACAGUUUAAUUUUGAAAAUGGCACCCCUCCAACCAACUUCGAUACAUUUCCCGCAGCAAUAAUGACGGUGUUCCAGAUCCUGACCGGCGAGGACUGGAAUAUGGUGAUGUAUGAUGGCAUCAAAUCUCAGGGUGGAGUCAACAAGGGCAUGGCCUUCUCCGUCUUCUUCAUUGUACUCACGCUUUUUGGCAACUACACUCUGCUGAAUGUGUUCUUGGCCAUCGCUGUGGACAAUCUGGCCAACGCACAGGAACUGACCAAGGAUGAACAGGAAGAAGAGGAAGCUGCCAAUCAGAAGAUUGCCCUGCAGAAAGCCAAGGAAGUGGCUGAAGUUAGCCCACUAUCUGCUGCAAACCUCUCCAUUGCAGCCAACAAAGUACACAGUGAGUGUCACAACGCUUCUGACCCCUUUCUGGACUGCAAGGAGCAGCAGAAGAACCACAUUAAGGGAGUCAGCAAGUCAGUGUGGGAGCAGCGCACCAAGGAGCUGAGGAAGCAGACUCUGGCAUCCAGCCGCGAGGCCCUCUAUAACGAAUUGGACGCAGAUGACCGCUGGAAGGCAAGGACAGGGAGGGAGGAGCACAACAAUGUCAACUAUUCACGUCACAUCCGUCCAGACAUGAAGACCCAUCUUGAUCGACCCUUAGUGGUGGACCCCCAUGAAAAUCGUAAUAACAACACAAACAAGACAACUGGCAACAACUCAGACUUCUGUGUCAGCCAGCACCAUCCUGAGCACCAUGGCCAAGUGGGAGGGGAUGGUGGAGGAGGUUCAGGUCCACCCAGACCUCCCAUGGAGCGGGGAGAAUCCACGGAGAGUAGACGGAGCCGCAAAAGUGAGCAUCACCACAGCUCUCAUGUCCGUCUGGAUGCUACAGUGAUUCCUGGGCCGGGUUCAGAGGAGAGGCUACCCAGGCGCCAUCACCACACGCGGACUGGGAGUCGAGGAGGAGGGCAGUCCGAACACAGGAAGCCAAGGUCACAUCGAAAGAAUGCUGAAGAUGGUGAGGAAGGUGGGGGAGGAGCUGGAAAAUCUGGAAGACAUAAGAGCAAAGGAGUGGAUGGGAGUAGGGAAGGAGGAGAGCAUGAGCGAGCAGGCAAUGGCGGUGAGAAGAGGUCAAGAAGAAGCCGGCGUGGAAGCCAAACAGAGGGCGAGGGGAAGCGGAUGUGCUCACACAGAAGGAAGGACUGCAGUGUCCCAAACCUAUCUACCACACGGCCCAUCCAAAAGAGUCUCUCAAGGCAGAAUAGCCAGUACAGUGAGGACAUGGACAACCUCAUGAACACCAAACUGGUGUCUGGUUCUACACCACCUAGCGAGGGUCGCCCCUAUCCAGUGGCCAGUCACACUGUCACCCCUGGAUUUGGAUCUGCCCUUCAUCUUGCUAACAGUGGCACUCGUGGAAGUUUGGUCACGUUAGAUAGUUAUGGGAAUGUCGGACAUCACCGUGCAAACAGUGUGAUCAGGCUGCCCCACCCUGAUUAUACUGCUGUGGACAUGCCCAUUUUUCCAUCCACCAAUGCCAUACUGCAAGUUAAUAAAAAUGCCAACACUGAACCUCUGCCACCUGCUACAAAUGAUGAUGAGGAAGGAGGGGAAGGAGGGCCUAGGCCCAUGCCUCCAUAUAGCUCCAUGUUCAUCUUCUCGACCACCAAUCCGUUUCGACGAGCAUGCCAUUACAUUUGCACCCUGCGUUAUUUUGAGAUGUGCAUCCUGCUGGUCAUUGCAAUGAGCAGUAUUGCCCUGGCAGCUGAAGACCCUGUUUGGCCCAAUUCCCCUCGAAACGAUGUUCUGCGCUAUUUUGACUACGUCUUUACAGGAGUUUUUACUUUUGAGAUGUUAGUAAAGAUGGUGGAUCUGGGGUUGGUCUUGCACCAGGGCUCUUAUUUCCGGGACUUGUGGAACAUCCUUGACUUUAUAGUGGUUAGUGGUGCUCUGGUGGCCUACGCCUACGCCUUAGCCAGCGGCAGCGGGGGGAACAGCAAGGGAAAAGACAUCAGCACCAUCAAGUCGCUGAGGGUACUGAGAGUGCUACGACCUCUAAAGACUAUUAAACGACUUCCCAAACUCAAGGCUGUGUUUGACUGUGUGGUGAACUCUCUGAAGAAUGUGCUCAACAUCCUGAUCGUCUAUUUACUCUUCAUGUUCAUCUUUGCUGUGGUUGCUGUGCAGCUCUUCAAGGGGCGUUUUUUUUACUGCACUGAUGAAUCCAAAGAAUUUGAGCGCGACUGCAGAGGCGAGUAUCUGGUGUACGAACGUGAUAACGAAGUGAGGGCGCAGAAGCGGGAGUGGAAGAAGUACGAUUUCCACUACGACAAUGUGGCUUGGGCCCUUCUCACCCUCUUCACUGUCUCUACUGGAGAGGGGUGGCCGCAGGUGCUGAAACACUCGGUCGAUGCGACUUACGAGAAUCAGGGCCCAAGUCCAGGAUACCGGAUGGAGAUGUCCAUCUUUUACGUGGUGUACUUCGUGGUCUUCCCCUUCUUCUUCGUCAACAUCUUCGUAGCUCUCAUUAUCAUCACCUUCCAGGAACAAGGCGACAAGAUGAUGGAAGAUUACAGUUUAGAAAAGAAUGAGAGAGCCUGUAUAGACUUUGCCAUCAACGCCAAGCCUCUGACACGCCACAUGCCACAAAACAAGCUAAGCUUUCAGUACCGUAUGUGGGAGUUUGUGGUGUCACCGCCAUUUGAGUAUACCAUCAUGGCAAUGAUCGCGCUCAACACAAUCGUGCUGAUGAUGAAGUAUUACGGAGCCUCCGACACCUAUGAAACUGUGUUAGCCAACCUGAACAUAGUGUUUACUUCCCUCUUCUCCAUGGAGUGUGUACUCAAGAUCAUCGCCUUUGGAGCACUGAAUUAUUUCAAAGAUGCCUGGAACAUUUUUGACUGUGUGACAGUUCUGGGCAGCAUUACAGACAUCCUCGUUACUGAGCUUGGGAAUAAUUUCAUCAACCUAAGUUUCCUAAGGCUGUUCAGAGCAGCUCGUCUCAUCAAGCUGCUGAGACAGGGAGAAACCAUCCGAAUCUUGCUCUGGACCUUCGUUCAGUCUUUCAAGGCACUGCCUUAUGUUUGCCUCCUCAUUGCCAUGCUGUUUUUCAUCUACGCCAUCAUUGGGAUGCAGCUGUUUGGGAAUAUUGCAAUUGAAGAAGGUGGAGACAGUGCCAUCAACCAACAUAACAACUUCAGGACCUUUGUAGAGGCUCUUAUGCUUCUCUUUAGGAGUGCAACGGGUGAGGCAUGGCACGAGAUCAUGUUGGCGUGUCUUGGGGGUAAGGAAUGUGACCCCAAGUCAGGGAAUGCAGAUCCAGAUUGUGGCAGCCAGUUUGCCUACCUCUACUUUGUGUCGUUCAUCUUCUUCUGUUCAUUCUUGAUGCUGAAUCUGUUUGUAGCUGUUAUCAUGGACAACUUUGAGUACCUGACUAGAGAUUCAUCCAUACUAGGACCUCACCAUUUGGAUGAGUAUGUCAGGAUAUGGGCGGAGUAUGACCCUGCUGCCUGCGGGCGCAUACAUUAUAAGGACAUGUACAGUUUAUUACGAGUUAUCGACCCGCCUCUUGGCUUAGGCAAGAAAUGCCCCCAUAGGGUGGCCUGCAAGAGAUUGCUCCGUAUGGAUCUGCCCGUGGCUGAUGACAACACAGUCCACUUCAACUCCACUCUCAUGGCCUUGAUCCGCACAGCGCUGGACAUAAAGAUUGCCAAGGGUGGUAUCGACAAACACCAGAUGGAUGCAGAGCUAAGGAAAGAGAUGAUGGCAAUCUGGCCCAACCUCUCCCAGAAGCAUCUGGAUUUGCUGGUGACACCACACAAGUCGACCGACCUGACAGUGGGGAAAAUCUAUGCCGCCAUGAUGAUCAUGGAGUACUACCGGCAGAGCAAGAUCAAACGUUCCCAGGCUCUUCGUGAUGAGCAGAAUCGAACGCCAUUACUAUUUCAGCGCGUGGAGCCACCUACCCCCUCCCAGGAUGGGGGUCCGGGACUUAACAAUGCCCUGCCUCCUCCUGAGAUGACAAACACCACCAACAGCCUGCCGGUGGAGGGAGGUGUCCCGGAAAGCCAGUCGUGGGUGACGGCUCGCGCUCAGGAAAUGUCUCAGAAGGUUGGCAGCUGGAGCCCUGAGGGACACCCUGUGGAUGGCCUGGGAAGCAUGACCAACUCUCAGACGGUAGAGAUGAGAGAGAUGGGGCAGGAUGGUUACUCGGAUACUGAGCACUUUCCACCAAUGGAAGGCCACGGCAGGGCCGCUUCCAUGCCCCGCCUCCCAGGCGACAACCAACAGCGGAGGAAAGGGAAGCAACGUGGCAGUAACCUCAGUACCAUCAAUGACAGCAGUCCAAUGAAACGCUCCGCCUCCUCCCUGGGCCACAGCAGGUCUGGGCGUGGUCACAGAGACAAAGGAGGGGCAGACGACUACAACAUGGAGCAUGCAAUCCCAGAAGAGGGAAGAAGUUCCAGACACGGACACCGGCGAAAAGACCGGAGCCAUCGGGCAUCUGAGAGGUCCCUCUGUCGCUACACUGAGGCUGACACAGGCCUGGGCACAGACCUAAGCACAACCACUCAGUCUGGCGACCUCACGUCAAAAGACAAGGAUCGAGACAGGGAUCGCGGCCGUUCCAAAGACCGUAAGCACCACCACCAUCAUCACCAUCACCACGGCUCUGUGGACAAGGAGCGCUAUGUAGCAGAACGAGGGGGAGAGUACGUCCACAGGCACUCUCGCGACCAUGACCGGGAGCGAGAAAGGGACCGGCGCUGGUCGCGAUCUCCCAGCGAGGGUCGCGAUUGCGUGACACACAGACAGGGCAGUAGUUCAGUCAGCGGAAGCCCUGUCCCCUCAACCUCGGGGACCAGUACACCACGGCGGGGCCGUCGGCAGUUGCCUCAGACCCCGGCAACACCCCGGCCCCAUGUUACUUACUCCCCUGUAGUCCGUAAGGCUAUGCCCACACCUCCUGGGGUGGCACAAGGCAGACCCUCAGCCCCAGCUCCUGCCCCUCGCCGCUUUUCUCCAGAGCCUUCCCAAGGCCAGGGUCCUCCCCCUGCUGGCCUUCAGCUGGGCCACCAUGGCACACCACGUCAUCAGCCCCCACUGCGCUGGGGAGACACAGGUGGAGGAGGGGGCUCCAUAGAAGGAGAUGGAUGUUUCUACAACCAGGACUACCAGGACUACGAGCCCCAUCAUGAACCACCUGCCUAUGAGCCAAACCCCAUGCAGGGGGGCAACCCGCACCCUCAUGCCAACCACCCACUGCCACCUCCCUCACAACCACAGCAGCAUAACCCCCAUCCCCUACCUCCCCCACAGCCACACCCAGUCAACAACCCCCAUCCUCAGCCCAGCCGAACCUCGCCUAGAACUGUUCAUCACGCGCCUCCGCCAACAACGGCUCUGACAGGGCCUGUGCAGGGCCAAGUUCAGUCUGCCGCCCAGCGCCGGCUACCCAACGGCUACCGUUCUUCAUCACCUUCCACACAUGUCCACGGACCCCCACACACUGGGCCCCACAAGGUCCCUCCUCCGGCUGGGCAUCCAAGGGGUCCUCGCAAAGGCUUGCAUGAACCCUACAGUGAAACGGAGGAUGACGAUUGGUGCUAGCCUCUGGGGAAGGGGGUGGGACUUAACAAGGAAAAAAAAUUGAAAUACCGAAAGAAGAUGAGCCAGAGCACUGACUGCCAAGGGAAAAAAAUAUAAACUUUUCUUUCUUGUCUGUUCGAUUUGUUUUUCCCUCUCCUCCACUGCUGUCUAAGUGACAGUGAGCUACAUGAAACUACCGGUGUCAUGGGAAGGAACAAGAAUGCAGAGACAGAAUCUGGAAAUCCAAAAGCGAUACGAGGAGGUAACGAAACGCCUCUGCGUUCCGCUCGCGUCUUGUCGAUCAUUUCUUUUGAUGCCAAAUGAGACCAAACGGGAGGAGCGUCAGACACUAGUCUUUGUGUCUUAAAUUAUGCCUCUGGCCAUGAGCUAUAGCCACUUACAAGAUGUCAAGAGUUGCGACUCGACAAAAGACACUUUACAGUCAGAGACAAAAAUGAGCGACCUCUUUUUUUGUUGUUGUUGUCGUUUGUUUGUUUUCUUUGCUUCUCUGAGCUAACUUCUGUUAAGUUAGCUGCGAAAAGAUUUCAAACCAACCCUCCCAGCCACCAGUUGAAUAUUGAUGAGUUUUAUCAUCUGUGUUUUUAAAUACAAAAUAAACCUGACACGGAGCCCUCCACCUGUAAGAGGUGAGGGAGGCUAAGUGGGUGGGAGAGUUGGGGAGUGUUGCACGGGGGUCGACGAGUCCCUCCGUGGACAUCUGGAGGAGAGGAUGGGUGCAUCUGGGGAUGUUUACCCCAGUUACUGGAGAGAUUGCACUCCUCCCAGAAACAAUUUAACCAACCUCAACCUAUGACCUAUGAGAGGAAAAAAAAUAGUGGAGGAUGGGUUUCAGAAACAGAGAAACAAACUGUUUUCUGCAGUAUUUCUUCUACUCCUGGAGCUGCUUCUUCUUCCUCCUUCUCUUCUACUUCUUCAAAACAUUGAAGCUUGAAUCUUCUGUUGCACCCCCACACAGCUUCGUUUUUUGUAGACUUGCAGAGUUGUACACUCUAUGGAAUCCUGCAUGAAUGAUACAAAAGAAUACUAAUAAUAGCAACACUGAGAAUCUACUGUCUGCAGAGGGAAAAUGUUCUUCAGUCCUGUUUUUUUGUUAUGGUCUGCAGGGUUUCUCUCUCUUUUUUUAUUUAUGAUUAAAAGUGCUUUCUGUUUUUCUCUCUCUCUCCUCUGAAUGACAUUCCUCUCUCUGUACCUUCACAUACGCUAAAAACACCAGUGGCCCGAAAGUUACAUGGAGAUUGGAUAGUUGCUGUAUGUAUAUCUAGAGGGAACAAAAUGAUAACUCUUCUGCUUGCUCGUCUACUGUCUAUUCCGUGCCAAAUGCCUGCCAUUGAUACAGCUGGAAUUGUACUUAUUUUUGUGGAAAUUACCUUUUUUUGUAAUUAAGGCUAAAAAAAAAUGGUUUAAUGGGAUGCAGGGUAUAAACAUGGAUACGGUGAAUUAUGUCUGACAAAUCAGUAACAUCUCAAAAGUCUUCCAGGGUGUGGGGUUAACACAGAGGCAGCAGAAAGAGACCAAUAGAAAUGUGCAGAAAGGAGAGAAACUCUUCAUCUUUGUUUUCUUUGUUGCUGAACUUAUUAAGGGAUAAACUUAUACCAUCGUUUGUAAAGAUCAUGAUGAGCGUGAGAAUGAGGCGAGUUCUCCAUAUUUGGUCUUAUAUUUUCGUCUGUCUGCUUGUUUUUAUUUUGAUCUUUGAAGAUUUGAAAAUAAUCCUUUUUCCAACCCUUGGGUGGCGCUGGAACACACCACUACACUGUGGGAGAAUGAGUUAUCAAGACGACAGAGCUGUCCUCUUACUCUGAGUCUUCUUCAAAGUUAAUAACUAUUUGAAAUUUGUACAUCAAAAUGCAUUGAAUUGCAGGUUUUACAAUCCACUUGCCAUCACCUUUGACCUACAGAUGGCGCUGUGUGACAAAUAGUGUCCCGGUCUAUUCACUAUACUUGUACAGUGAGUGCACCAAAAAUGCAGUUUAGCUCAUUCUCUCGCUAGUAGACCGCCUUAUCUGUGUAAAAAAUCAGGUGUGUGAGUCGUAUUGUAGCAGACGGGCUGGAGAAAGGAUGCCUGGGCCUCGCUGUAGUCCUAAAAAUUACCUGCGUUCUGUGCGUAUCACUCUUGUAUAAGUUUCAGUUCUCUCUGUGUGCCUCAAACUAACACUUUUCACUAACGCACACCACCGUCAGACCCAACAUUACUGUUAUUUUUUACUUUAAGUUCCUUUUUUUUCUCAUUCUUUUACUUGACCCACAUCUUACCUGGAGGCCUAUCACAUGUUGACCAGAGAAUGCACUGAAAAAAAAAUAGAAAACACUGCCUAUUAGUGUCUUUCCAACCUCAGUGGAAUGUCACAAAAAAUAUUUCUCACAUCACUACAUGUAAAAUUAGAAAGCACACUAAGGUAUGUAGCUCCUGGUUGUGGUGUGUGUCAGUGGGUUUUUGCGUGUAUGUAUGCACACGGGUGGGUGUGUUUCAAAUAAAAUUAUGUUUUGUUUUUCUGAAUGCUUUUUUAAAAAUUCUCCAGAACUCUUCUGAAAUCUUAAGACAUUCAAGUCAAAUCAUUGUAACGACCUUCAGCUCUGUGGUUGUGCGUGUGCGUGUGUGUGUGUGUGAUGUCAGUAAAGCCCCUCCCACCUGCCCCCACCACUGAAUGGAACGUGCAAAGCCCCAAAAUGUUCACCUUCCAUCUUUGUGUAUAUGCUGCAGUAAAAUCCACUAACACGCUGAUUAACCACACAAAGUCUUCAAAAAGCAAUGUAAAGUCGCUACUGGGGGGAAAAAAAAUACAUAAAUUUAAAAAAAAAAAAAGAUUUUUUUUUCUUUUUGUUCGUUUUUCAAGUACAAAAGAUUUUAAAAAAAGGAAAAAAUAUCUAGUUCCAGAAAUGCAUGUGCUAUGUGCAUGCCACACCGUGGGUUAAAAAGUCAUCUUCAGGACAUAAAAGAAAAAGCAGAUUAAUUAAUUCAGAGGAAUUUAAAAAAAAAGAAAAGAAAAAAGUGAUAUAUAAAUA